AUUAAGUUCCUACCCGGACCUGCUUCACUGUUGUACGUCAAACAGGCAUGGCGUCCUUCAGAUAAAGACACAACCGACAUACGUUUAUCCAUUUGCCCUUCCGUACACAUUUGCGUUUUUAUUUAUUUAUGUAGGUGUAGAAAUAAAUAUCUUCUUCACAAUGGUGACCAGGACCGUGUGUCAAGUUCUCCAGCGCCGCUUUUCAUCUGCCGCUGCAGCCCUGCGUGCUUCGCCUGCAGACGUCCGCAGCCAACGCAAUGCCGUGUUCUCCAGAGAGCAGGCCCGGCAGAGAGCUCUGUACCCCCGCAUCGAGAAGAUCGAGGUGUCCAUGCAGUGCCCGGGGCUGGAAGGUACUCUGCUGGUCAUGAACAGAGGGAUGUCCACUCCUCUGAGCUGCGCCCGGCACUUGACAGAACAUUAUGUGGACAACUCGGCUCUGGCCCUGGUGGACGGGGAGCCGUGGUCCGUCCACCAGCCCCUCACUCACGCCUGCUCUCUCACCCUGCUCACAUUCAAAGACAACGAUCCAACAAUCGCCAACCAGGCCUACUGGCGCUCCUGCUCCGCCCUGCUGGGUCAGGUUCUGGAGACUGCCUUCAAAGAGGACUUCACUGUGGAGCUGCUCAGCUCCAUGGAUGUUGAGAUAGCCACUGCCGGGGCUUUCUGCUGUGACGUGGUGCUCGACCCUCAGCUCGACUCAUGGACUCCCUCUGAGGAGUCGCUGCGGUCUCUCACCCGAGGGGCCCAGCAGCUGAUCCACCAGGACCUGGCCUGGGAGCCUCUGGUCGUGGUGCCCUCUGUGGCUCUGGAGGUCUUCUCACACAGCAGGUGUAGACAGGAAGAGGUGGAGCAGAAGGCGUCACAAAGUCCCACUGGCACCGUGAUGCUCCACAGAUGUGGUGACCAUGUGCUGCUGAGUGCGGGCCCCCUGGUGGGCAGGACGGGCCUCUGCUCCCAGUACGAUGUGACGGCCCUCCACAGCCUGGGGGAGGGUCCCUGGGGCCUCCAGCGCCGAGCACAGGGCCUCUCCCUGCCGCUGCAGAUGGAGGCUCAUCACACGGUGUGGAGGAAACUGAAGCAGCGGGCAGGGAGACUGGUUGAGAUGCCGAAACCUGAAGAAGUGACUCCACCCGCCUCCGAGCAGCCAGCAACAACCUCUGCAUAACCUCACACACACUUUCACAUGUAUCCCAUUGUAUUAUUUGUUCAAUAAAUGUGUAAAAUAAUAUAACAAAUCA